UUCAGGCUACAGGAGCUCUGUGUUUGGACUAAAUCAAGCUUAAUGCUCGCUGUUUCUGGUUAAGAGUGAAGAAAGAUAACACUCCUCUGGAUUUUCUCACGGAUUUCUUUCCCUUCCUGCGCGCUUGGUUCCCAAGGCUUCACAGUCUUCUUUCAGGAUAUUUAAUGUGACCAAGUGCAACAGGAAAGGGAAAUUCAGAGGAGUUUUAUCCUUUCGUUCCUCUAGCCGGAGCAGCUCAGCCACGUCAUCCUCCUUCAAACCGGUGGGCUCAGUAUUAUUCACACCCCUUUGGGGGCAGAUGUAGUGUGAGACGAGUGCACGUCUAAAGGUUUAACAUCGCCAUGACACAAGCGUGACCCGAUCAGAAGAGUCUCCUCUCUGGUUCUUGACCCUGGGAUGUAAACUGCAGAAUGAACCUUUCACACAGGUCUCAGGGGAGAAAAUGUUCCAUUGACCUUCACUACUGCAACCUCAAGCUCUUCAACCACAGAGACCACAGCUUGAUCUUAGAAAGGUUGUGAGAGGUGAAUAGGAGACUCGCAGCGUUUGUGCCAUUGAGGCUGCUGAAGCACACGUGCCAACCAUCACGAUGCCAACCCUGCUGCUGCUGCUGCUCGCCUCCUUACUGCUUCUCACACACGCCGAGACACCACCAAAGUUUUUAAGGACCCCCAGCGACCAAACAGGAGUGCAAGGCGGCGUCGCUUCCUUUGUUUGCCAGGCCUCGGGUGACCCACGACCCAAAAUCGUUUGGAACAAGAAGGGGAAAAGAGUGAGCAACCAGAGAUUUGAGGUGAUAGAGUUUGAUGACGGCUCUGGCUCCGUCCUGAGAAUCCAGCCCUUGCGCACUCCUCGGGAUGAAGCCAUUUACGAAUGCGUGGCCUCUAACAGUGUUGGAGAGAUUAGCGCCACAACGCGCCUCACCGUCUUACGUGAGGACCAGCUUCCUUCAGGAUUCCCCACUAUAGACAUGGGUCCUCAGCUGAAGGUUGUGGAGCGAACGCGCACCGCCACCAUGCUGUGUGCCGCGAGCGGGAACCCUGACCCUGACAUCUCCUGGUUUAAAGAUUUCCUCCCUGUUAACACCAGCAACAACAAUGGCAGAAUCAAACAGCUCCGAUCAGGAGCACUGCAGAUCGAACAGAGCGAGGAGUCUGACCAAGGAAAGUACGAGUGUGUCGCGACUAAUAAUGACGGCACCCGCUACUCGGCUCCUGCAAACUUAUAUGUUCGAGUUCGGCGGGUUCCACCACGUUUCUCGAUACCACCCACGGAUAGCGAGAUCAUGCCAGGGGGCAGUGUGAACAUCACCUGUGUGGCAGUGGGCUCACCCAUGCCUUAUGUGAAAUGGAUGCUGGGCUCGGAGGACUUGACCCCGGAGGAUGACAUGCCCAUUGGGCGAAACGUCCUGGAGCUCACGAAUGUUUACCAGUCAGCCAACUACACCUGCGUAGCCAUGUCCACACUGGGUGUCAUCGAAGCAGUGGCACAGAUUACAGUCAAAGCCCUUCCCAAGCCACCAGGUGUUCCUGUGGUAACAGAACGCACAGCAACCAGCAUCACCCUCACAUGGGACUCUGGGAACCCGGAGCCAGUUUCCUAUUACAUCAUUCAACACAAAUCAAAAUAUUCAGAAGACUCCUAUAAAGAGAUUGAUGGUGUAGCCACCACUCGCUACAGUGUGGGGGGCCUGAGUCCAUACUCCGACUAUGAAUUCCGUGUGCUCGCGGUGAACAACAUCGGUCGUGGACCCUCAAGCGAAGCAAUAGAGGCCAAAACCGCUGAGCAGGCACCCAGCACAGCUCCUCGCCAAGUCCGAGGACGUAUGCUAAGUGCUACAACAGCUAUUAUCCACUGGGAAGAACCCGAGGAGGCUAACGGCCAGAUCAUGGGCUACAGGGUGUACUACACCAUGGAUCCAAGUCAGCACGUCAAUCAGUGGGAAAAACAGAUUGUUCGGAAUGCUAACUUUUUAACUAUUCAAGGCUUGACACCUAAUAAGACUUAUUAUAUCAAGGUUUUGGCAUACACAUCUGUAGGAGAUGGACCUCUCUCCUCUGACCUGCAGAUCAUAGCCAAAACUGGAGUUCCAUCUCAGCCGACAGACUUCAAAGCUGAAGCUAAAUCUGAGACGAGUAUCCUGUUGUCAUGGGUCGCUCCUCCACAGAGCGGACAGGACAGUCAAAUCACUGGAUACGAACUACUUUACAAGAGAAAAGAUGAGAAGGAGGAGAAACGUGUGAGCUUCGAACCCACCACCACCUACCUCCUGAAGGAUCUGAGACCCUUCACCACAUACACUUUCCAGCUGGCAGCUCGGAGCAAGCAUGGCACUGGUGCCUACACCAAUGAGAUCUCAGCAGAAACUCCUCAGACACAGCCCUCAGCCCCACCUAAGGAAGUUACAUGUUUUAGUUCUAGUUCUACCAGUAUCCUGGUAAGUUGGAAGCCACCUCCUGUGGAGCACCAGAAUGGGAUCAUUACCAAAUACACCAUUCAGUACGCUGCUACAGAGGGGGAAGACACCUCAUUAAAGGAGAUCAAGGAAAUUCUGCCAGAAAAGUCACAAUACCUUCUGGAAAACUUGGAAAAAUGGACGGAAUACCGUGUGACAGUUACGGCUCAUACAGAUGUUGGAGAAGGGCCGGAAAGCCUACCACAACUCAUCCGUACAGAGGAGGAUGUUCCCAGUGGCCCACCUCGUAAAGUUGAGGUGGAGGCUGUCAACUCCUCGUCUGUUAAAGUGCUGUGGCGAUCGCCGGUGCUCAACAGACAUCACGGGCAAAUUCGUGGCUACCAGGUGCAUUAUAUCAGGAUGCUUAAUGGGGAACCAGUGGGUCAUUCUGCCAUCAAGGACAUCUUGAUUGAUGAUGCUCAGUGGGAGUAUGAUGAUUCAACUGAAUAUGAAAUGAUCCUGACAGAUUUACAGGCAGAGACCACUUAUUCAGUUACAGUGGCUGCCUAUACAACAAAAGGCGAUGGAGCUCGCAGUAAGCCCAAAGUGGUCACGACCAUGGGUGCAGUCCCAGAAAAGCCUCGGCUGAUGGUCAGUCCCACUAACAUGGGCACAGCUUUACUCCAAUGGCACCCUCCCCCAAAUACACAUGGGCCACUCCAGGGCUACCGGCUCCGCUUUGGACGCAAAGAUGUAGAGCCCCUGACAGUCAUUGAAUUCUCAGAGCGAGAGAACCACUACACCACUAAAGAAAUUCACAAGGGAGCAUCCUAUAUUUUCCGCCUAUCAGCUCGCAACAAGGUGGGCUUUGGCGAGGAAACGGUUAAAGAGAUUACAACCCCUGAGGACAAACCCUCUGGCUUCCCACAAGGUAUCAUGGCUGAAAGCGCCACUACAACUACCAUUCAGGUCACCUGGCAGCCCGUGUUACUGGCAGAGCGCAAUGGCAUUAUUAUCAAAUAUGCCCUUCAAUACAAAGACAUCAAUAGUCCUAGAAGUCCAUCUGAGCUUUUCAUCACUGCCCCUGAGUCCACCGUGAACCUGGAUGGUCUUAGAGCCGACACUACUUAUGAUAUCAAAAUGUGUGCCUUCACCAACAAGGGCCCUGGGCCUUAUAGCCCUAGCAUCCAGUUCAGAACUCAACCACUUGAUCAAGGUAGGAGGACCAAACCAAAUCUUCCAACACUCCCAGAAUCAACCUCCGAUCAACAAGCAGUGUUUGCAAAAAAUUUUCAUGUGAAAGCUGCCAUGAAGACCUCGGUGCUGCUUACAUGGGAGAUUCCAGACAACUACAAUCCUGCACAACCAUUCACAAUUCUGUAUGAUAAUGGCCAGAGUGUAGAGGUGGAUGGGAAACUGACCCAGAAGUUGAUUACCAAUCUGCAGCCAGAAACACAAUACUCUUUCCUCCUGACAAACCGGGGGAACAGUGCUGGUGGUCUGCAGCACCGUGUCUCCACCAUGACUGCCCCGGACAUCCUGCGCACCAAACCAUACUUAAUCGGCAAGACCAACUCAGACGGCAUGGUCACUGUGGAAAUGCCCUCUGUACAUACCACUGAGAAAGUCAGAGGAUACUACAUUGUGGUGGUUCCUUUGAAGAAACAGCGCCCUGGGAAGUUUAUCAAACCCUGGGACAGCCCAGACGAGAUGAACCUGGAGGAGCUUCUGAGAGAGAUAAACCGGACGAGUGGAGGUGUGCGUUUCCGUAGACAGGCCGAGCCUAAACCCUACAUUGCGGCGUUCUUCAAAGAGCUGCCUACCGAGUUCACGCUCGGAGACAACAAGAUAUACGGAGACUUUGAGAACAAGCAGCUGCUCAACGGACAUGAAUACAUCUUCUUUGUUCUUGCCGUGUUGGAGAUCUCCGAAAAUACCAUGUACGCCACAAGUCCGUACUCUGACCCAGUGGUUUUGGCUGAUAUUGACCCCCAGCCUAUCAUCGAUGAAGAGGAAGGCCUAAUCUGGGUCGUGGGUCCUGUCCUGGCUGUAGUCUUCAUCAUCUGCAUAGUCAUUGCUAUUCUCCUGUACAAAAGGAAAAGAGCCGAGUCAGAGGCUAGGAAAGGCAGUUUACCCAACAGUAAGGAAAUGCCGUCCCAUCAUCCAACAGAUCCAGUGGAGCUACGACGUCUCAACUUCCAAACUCCUGGUUCCGGUGCCUCCGGUUACCCCAGUAACCUCCAUCUGUCAAGUAUGGCAAACCACCCGCCGAUUCCCAUCAUGGAAUUAGCAGACCACCUGGAGAGACUCAAAGCUAAUGACAACCUGAAGUUCUCACAAGAAUAUGAGUCUAUAGAUCCAGGCCAGCAGUUCACAUGGGAGCACUCGAACCUGGAGGUGAACAAAGCCAAGAACCGAUACGCCAAUGUCAUCGCCUACGACCACUCCAGAGUGCUGCUCUCCUCCAUCGACGGCAUUCCAGGGAGCGACUACAUCAAUGCCAACUACAUUGACGGGUAUAGAAAGCAGAACGCGUACAUCGCCACUCAGGGCUCACUGCCCGAGACCUUCGGAGAAUUCUGGAGGAUGAUCUGGGAGCAGCGCAGUGCUAACAUUGUCAUGAUGACCAAGCUGGAGGAGCGCUCAAGGGUGAAGUGUGACCAGUACUGGCCCAACAGGGGGUCAGAAACAUACGGCCUGAUCCAGGUAACGCUGCUGGACACAGUGGAGCUGGCCACCUACUGCGUCAGGACCUUCGCACUAUAUAAAAGUGGCUGUAGUGAGAAGAGGGAGGUGAGACAGUUUCAGUUUACAGCGUGGCCUGAUCACGGUGUUCCUGAACACCCCACACCAUUCCUGGCCUUCCUGCGCAGGGUUAAAGCCUGUAACCCGCCAGACGCAGGGCCGAUGGUGGUGCACUGCAGCGCCGGCGUUGGUCGAACAGGCUGCUUCAUCGUGAUCGACGCCAUGUUGGAGCGGAUCAAGCACGAGAAGACGGUGGACAUUUACGGCCACGUGACGCUGAUGCGCGCACAGAGAAACUACAUGGUGCAGACAGAGGACCAGUACGUGUUCAUCCACGAUGCUCUGCUGGAGGCCGUGACCUGCGGCAACACGGAGGUCCCUGCUCGCAACCUUUACGCUUACAUCCAGAAACUCACCCACAUCGAGACGGGAGAGAACGUCACGGGCAUGGAGCUGGAGUUUAAGCGUUUGGCCAACACAAAGGCUCACACGUCACGCUUCAUCAGUGCCAACCUGCCCUGCAACAAGUUCAAGAAUCGGCUGGUCAACAUCAUGCCAUACGAGUCAACACGAGUAUGUCUGCAGCCCAUCAGAGGCGUGGAGGGAUCCGAUUACAUCAACGCCAGCUUCAUCGAUGGAUACCGGCAGCAGAAGGCUUACAUCGCCACACAGGGCCCUUUGGCUGAGACCACAGAAGAUUUCUGGAGGAUGCUGUGGGAGCACAACUCCACCAUUGUGGUGAUGCUUACUAAACUCAGAGAGAUGGGCAGGGAAAAAUGCCAUCAGUACUGGCCAGCAGAGCGCUCUGCCCGGUAUCAGUACUUUGUGGUGGACCCCAUGGCCGAGUACAACAUGCCUCAGUACAUCCUACGAGAGUUUAAAGUCACCGACGCCAGGGACGGUCAGUCCCGGACGGUGCGACAGUUCCAGUUCACAGACUGGCCCGAGCAGGGCGUGCCCAAAUCAGGAGAGGGAUUUAUCGACUUCAUCGGCCAAGUGCACAAAACAAAGGAGCAGUUCGGCCAGGAUGGACCAAUCACAGUGCACUGCAGCGCGGGUGUCGGGAGGACAGGAGUCUUCAUCACUCUCAGUAUUGUUCUGGAGAGGAUGAGGUAUGAAGGAGUAGUGGACAUCUUUCAGACGGUCAAGAUGCUGAGGACACAGAGACCAGCCAUGGUACAGACAGAGGAUCAAUACCAGUUCUGCUACCGUGCUGGUUUGGAAUAUCUGGGAAGCUUCGAUCACUAUGCAACGUAAGAGCCUGCUUCACCCCCGAGGAGAGCCGAAGGCCGUCCAGAGGUCACUUCUUCUGAGCCAUAAAAUUCCUGAUUGUGAAAAGUACUUCUUAAAACUCCUAGUCCAAGACAUGAUUCGUUUGUUGGGUGUGGAAAAAGAAAAAAAAAAAAAAAAAAAGCAAAACAAAAGACAAAUAUAUGAAACACCAGGUGGACCAAGAACCCCCCCCUUCCCCCCUUUUCCCUCCAAUGUCCAAUAACUUCCCACUCCCGACUUGCAGACGUGGAUCCGAACUGCCGAAGCAUCACGCUGCUUCCAGGAUACGUCUCGGAUUGACGAAAACAAAUAAUAAUAAUAAAAAAAAACUAAGAAAAAACAAAACCAGACAACAACAAGGUACUGCAUUAAAACGAACAAGUCGUCGUGGACCGCGUUGUAAAGAGACAAACAGUUACGAGGAGGGACAUCUCAUCUCAUCGACGAAGAAAAGAAUCGAUCGGUGAAGAAAAAAAAUAAUAAAGAAACACAAACGGACGUAUGUAAUAGUAAUAAUAAAACCCCUAUCUUGUCCCAAUGUUUGUUCCUUCAGUUAGGGGGAGUGUACAAACACCAGAUGAAUAAAGAAGUUAUUGAUUUA